AUGAGCAAUCCCCUGACAAUGGAGGUACUAGAACAACACCAACAUGACAUUCCCCGCCAGCAGCGGAAGUCAUCAACCAAGCCGGACGGCACCGACAGCACGGCCCCCGGCCUGACCGGACCGAACUUCCGGCGGAUGUCCCGGAUAGAACCGCGGCCUAGUAUUCAGUACGGCAUGGCGGGCAGACGACCAUCCCAAGCCUCGCGCCGGACCAGCGUAUCCGGAACCUCACAAGGAACCAAACAUCACGCGAUUCCUGUCAAGCUCCAAAAUACAUACCGGAUGCACCCCAAAACUAAGGAAAAAUUCGACGCCAGCUCUGUAGAGAAAAUGAUGAAAGGUGUUCUUGAAUCCUAUCUGGACGGGGAAACGUACGAGCACAAAAUGUGUGCUAAUUUAGCUCAAAAUCUAUCGGACGUCAUUAAAUCGCGUGUGAAAGACUUGGGUUUCCAUAGAUACAAGUUGGUGUGCAAUGUCUUGAUUGGUGAGAAUGUCCGCCAGGCCGUCAUGAUGACUAGCAGGUGCUUGUGGAACAGUGAGACGGACAACUUUGCCCAGGCCCAAUUUAGCAAAGGAAAAUUGUAUGCCAUAGCAACCGUGUUUGCAACAUACUUCGAGUGA